GGCCACUGCUUCCUGCACCGCUCAGCCUCGCUCACCCACCAGAGCCCGACACCUGAGCCAUGGGUCGACAAAAGGAGCUGGUGUCCCGCUGCGGGGAGAUGCUCCACAUCCGCUACCGGCUGUUUCGACAGGCGAUGGCAGAGUGUUUGGGGACCCUCAUCCUCGUGAUGUUUGGCUGUGGCUCUGUGGCCCAGGUAGUGCUCAGCCGAGGCACACAUGGUGGCUUCCUCACCAUCAACCUGGCCUUUGGCUUUGCUGUCACCCUGGGCAUCCUCAUAGCUGGCCAGGUCUCUGGAGCCCACCUGAACCCUGCUGUAACCUUUGCCAUGUGCUUCUUGGCCCGAGAACCCUGGAUCAAGCUGCUGGUCUAUACCCUGGCUCAGACCCUGGGAGCCUUCUUGGGUGCUGGGAUCAUCUUUGGGCUUUACUAUGAUGCGAUCUGGGGCUUCGCCAACAAUCAGCUGGUAGUCUCAGGCCCCAACGGCACAGCUGGCAUCUUUGCCACCUACCCCUCAGGACACUUGGACAUGAUCAAUGGCUUCUUCGAUCAGUUCAUAGGCACAGCCUCCCUCAUCGUGUGUGUGCUGGCCAUCGUCGAUCCUUACAACAAUCCUGUUCCCCGUGGCCUGGAGGCUUUCACCGUGGGCCUGGUGGUCCUUGUCAUCGGCACCUCCAUGGGCUUCAACUCUGGCUAUGCUGUCAACCCUGCUCGGGACUUCGGCCCCCGCCUUUUCACUGCCAUCGCUGGCUGGGGCUCAGAAGUCUUCACGACCGGCCGGCACUGGUGGUGGGUGCCCAUUGUCUCUCCGCUCCUGGGCUCCAUUGCGGGUGUUUUUGUGUAUCAACUCAUGAUUGGCUGCCACCUGGAGCAGCCCCCACCCUCUACCGAGCAGGAGAACGUGAAGUUGGCCCACGUGAAGCACAAGGAGCAGAUCUGAGUGGGCAGUGGCCAUGUCUUUCGUGUCCCUUCCCUUGAGCAUUAACCACCAUGCAGGGACUGUUCCUUAGAAGCCCCUUUGUGUCACCCCUCGUGUCGAUCCCAGCUAGCCAACCUCCUCCAGGAUUCCCACUGGACCCUGCCCAAUUGGACAGGGGGAGAGAAUGGGUAGCAGAGUGUGUGUGUGUGUGUGUGUGUGUGUGUGUGCACAUGGGCGCACGUGUGUGGUUUCCAAGAUAUUCAGGGCAAGAAACCAAGUUUUCCUAAAGGAUCCUAAUGGUACAGACAGCCAAAAGGAAGGGAGAGCACUGUGACCCUCUGUGAGUGAGGGCAGUGCCAAGGUAUGUGUAUCUAGAGGCUCCCUAUGGAGGACGGUCCAGGUGUGUGUGUGUGUUUCUGAGUAUGUGUGCCCGUCAUUUUUCCUAAGUUGUCUUGUCCAGGCUUUUGGGAGGAGGGGCCCCUGCUGAGGUCUGGAGCUCUAGAAUCCCUGAGUUAGAGCCCUAUAAUAUGUUUCUGUCAUAAAAUAGGCACAGGGGAGGGGGUGAAGUCCAGGUCAUAAGUUUCAUGUUUGUUUUUAUGUUGUUUUAAAAAUAUAUAUCAGAUGUUACAGUCUUAGGAGUGGGAGUUAGGAGACUCUAAUAAAAGGGUCUUCUCCCUGUUAAUACUUCAUUCGACAGUGUAUUCUUUUGCCUUUUAUAAAAAAAUAAUAAAAUAUAUGUCUAAAAUUGCCAA